UUGCAACUUCACAAUCAACCUUUUUCAAGCUUGUCCGCAGAUCAUACACCCCGUUUAAGCAUAAAAGUCUAUCCACAGGACUCUCUUUGUACAACAAGCAUAUCAGAAGAACCAACAUGGACACCGAUGCCUCAGACGACGAGGUCCCAACCCUCGUGCAGCCAGACACCACCCCCCAACUUGCAACCAACCAAGACGAAGAGAUCCCAGACCUAGUAUCUACCUCCGACGACGCUCCCGCCGCCAAAGUGCCAAUCACCAUCAUAACAGGGUACCUCGGCGCCGGAAAAACCACUCUCUUGAACUACAUCCUGACCGAACAGCACGGCAAGAAAAUCGCCGUAAUCCUCAACGAAUUCGGCGACUCAAUCGACAUCGAAAAGCAACUCACCGUCUCAGCCCCAACCUCCACCUCCGCAGAACCAGUCUCCUUCGUGCCCCUCGCAAACGGCUGCAUCUGCUGCUCGGUGAAAGACGUCGGCGUGGCCGCGAUCGAAAACCUCAUGGAGCAACAAGGCGGCUUCGACUACAUCCUGCUCGAAACAACCGGGCUCGCGGACCCAGGGAACAUCGCGCCUAUCUUCUGGCUCGACGACGGGCUAGGCAGUUCCAUCUUCCUCGACGGCAUCGUCACGCUCGUCGACGCGAUGAACGUGCUCAAGAGCCUGGACGAGGGCUUCGGUGACGAGAACCGCAAAGACGGCAGUGAGGAGGAUGGGCAUGCACAUGGCCCCCUCCUCACAACAGCACACCUGCAAAUCAGCCACGCGGACGUCAUCCUAAUCAACAAGACGGAUCUCGUUUCCCCCGCCCACCUCGCCGAUGUAGUCGCGCGAAUCCGGGCCAUAAACGGGCUGGCGCGCAUAGAAACGACGACGAAGGCGCAGGUCCCGCAAUUAGAGGGCUUUUUGCUGGAUAUCCACGCCUACGACGCCGUGACAGAUGCAGAUCUGCAGUUUGCGGCAAAGGGGCAUAGUCAUCUCGAUGCUAGCAUAUCAACAUCCACACUCCUCUUCCCCGCCCUCUCGCCCCCGCAAAUCCAGCGCUUCGACAUCUUCCUGCGCACCAUCUUGUGGGACGAAACGCUCCCUUGCGGUACGCCGCACGAGCCGUUUGAAAUCCACAGGCUUAAGGGCCGCGUGCCCGUGCAGGGGGGGAAGGUGCUGCUGCUGCAGGGCGUGCGCAAUGUGUAUGAUGUUAAUGAGGUGGAGGUGGAGGGGUCUGGGGGGGCGCAGGAGGCCAAGUUGGUGUUGAUUGGGAGGGGGGUUGGGCAGGAGGGGUUUCGGGGGAGUUUGGUGGCGUGUUUGGAGGGGGUGGGGGAGUAG